AUGUGUCGGUUGCUGGCUCAAUUUGCAUUGAUCUGGGGGGUGGCUUUAUGUUGGUACAGCAUUGUACACGCAGCAGAGGCAGUAAGUGAUGUUGAUGUAUCCGAUGGUGGAAGAACUUCAUCAGAAGAAUUCUACAGCUCUGUUUUCGGUAACUAUCGAAUGUUUUCAAGUCUUUACAAUUUAUACUAUGAGAUGGGUCAAAUAACCAGUAUUCAAGAUUGUCCUAGCGUGGUAACUGAACCUCACCGUCUUCGUGGCAAUUGUAACCCAAGCUUCGAAGCGUGUGACAGUUACAAACCGAUGUUGACGGAGGAACAGUCGGUGGGUACACCGGUGCUGCGAGUAACCGCCACUGAUCCUGACCCCCGACAAACGAUCGAGUACAGCUUCGUAACAACGCCGGGAGAACGAGCCCGCUUCCGCAUUGACAAGAGCACUGGUGAGAUCACAACGGCUCACAACUUCGAUCGGGAUGAGCCUAUUCGUGAGAAGGAGAUCUACAUUACGGUUCGUGCGACCGAUAACGGGCGACCUCGGCUGGACGAUGUGUGCACCUUCAAAGUGACGAUCCUUGACAUCAACGACAAUCCGCCUGUAUUCGAUAAGGUGCGCUAUGAAGAGUCUGUGACGAAAGACAUGAAAGCAAACCAGCGGGUAGCAACCAUUUCGGCGACGGAUAUGGAUGACGGAGAUAACAGCAUUAUCAAGUACGAAAUCGUGCAGCAGAACCCAGACAGCAGUUAUUUCAAAAUAAACGAGAAUAACGGUGUGCUCACUCUAACAAAAUCGGUCGAUCGCAGUCCUGGCCAGUACUAUGCGAUCCGCGUGAGAGCUUAUAAUGUGGAUCCUCAGGGGGAGGCUGUACAGGAUGCGGAGGUGGACGUUGAAGUGCGUGUUUUGGAGUCCAACAAACUACCACCUUACUUCACCAAGGUUCCCAAUGAUACGAUCAUGCUGUACGAAACACUUCAGUCCCAUUUGAUACCACAAAUAGAAUUUGAAGCUGAAUCAAACGUCCCGGAAAAUCCGUUGAUUAUUUUCAUGUUGAAUAAAGGACGUGCUGAACAAACGAAUUCGCAAAGCACAUUCGUAUUGGAACAGGUCAAAAACACUGCCUCAAUCAAGCUAGGAAGGACGUUGGAUUAUGAAACCGUGACGGAGUAUACUCUGACAGUGAGCGUGAAAAACAUACACGGUUUAUUCGCAGAAUUUGUACUCAAGAUCAUGGUUUUGGAUGAAAACGACAUUAUCCCGGUGUUCACGAAGAUCGAAUGGGGAUUUAUUGCAGAAGAUGAGCCACCCGGUACAGCUGUGAUGCAGGUACGAGCAUACGAUCUCGAUGGAACUUCGGCCAACAACAUCGUAUCGUACCGGUUCGAAGACGAAAAUCAGCAGUUGUUCCACAUCGAUAGUCGAACGGGGAACAUUACCUCACUGGUGUCGUUUGACCGAGAAGCAACGGAUUCUUAUCGUUUAAAGAUCAUCGCCGAAGACAACUCCCCAUCGGCGUUACACAGAAAUGGCAAGCCGAACAGUAUCUCACAGCCAUUUAUUAUUAAGAUUUCGGAUAAGAACGAUCAUCAACCGGAAUUCGUAAAAAAAUAUUUUGUGGCAGAAAAUGUACCGGAAGAUGCGAACAUUAACACGGUAGUGACCGAAGUGACUGCUAUAGAUCAGGACAUAGCCUCGAUAAUUACCUACAGCAUUAUUGAAGGUAAUGUGGGUGAUGCGUUCAAGAUAGAUGAAAACACAGGUCGCAUCUCAGUGAACAGCCGCCUGGACUAUGAGACAAUCCGUAGCUACCAGCUGAUAGUGCAAGCGGACGAUGGUAUCUUCCAGGACAACGCAACUGUCUCCAUCAAAAUCGAAAAUGUCAACGAUAAUCCGCCACGCUUCAUUGACCUCCGCAAUGUGACGAUCCAAGAAGAAACGAUUCCUCCUGGCUGCAUCAUGACCAUCCAGGCGUUUGAUCCGGACAUCGAGAAUCGAGACGAACCGCAACACAUUCGUUUCUCGUUUGUAAAAGAACAGGAAGACUUGCUGGAGAUCGAUGACACCGGAUGUCUGCGGCUAAGAAAGGCGCUUGAUCGUGAUCCUCCACAAGGAUUUAAGAGCUGGCAAUUUAUUAUCACCGCAACGGAUGAAGAUGGUGCAGGAAAGAAAACGCCGGCUACUGUGAACAUUUUUCUGGAAGAUAUCAACGACAACGCACCAUAUCUAUCGAACGCAAUGCCUGUUGUGUGGGGAGAGAAUCGCUCCCCGGGAUUGAUAGUGAGGUUGACGGCAGAAGACGUCGAUGAGGCACAGAAUGGUCCACCGUUCCAUUACAGCAUUGAUCCAAAUGCGCCAUACGAAAUCAAAGAACGUUUCCAAGUGCAAGGAGACGAACUAUAUGCGCUGGUGGAAUUUGAUCGAGAGGAGCAGAAAGAGUAUCGAGUACCGAUCAGAAUCAGCGACUCUGGUGAAGAGCCGAUGAGCGACGUCAGUAUACUGCAGUUAGUGAUUGGCGAUGAAAAUGACAACGAGAUGAGGCCAGGCGAAAGUCGUAUCUUCGUUUACAACUACAAGGGCGAAUCUCCAAAUACGGAAGUCGGUCGAGUAUAUGUGGAUGAUCCGGACGACUGGGAUCUACCGGACAAGACGUUCCAGUGGGACGAUGCUACUCGUCAUCAGUCGGUCGACUUCUUCGAUCUAAAUCGGGACACAGGCAUGAUCACGAUGCUACAAGGUACACGAGGUGGAGAGUAUGAGCUAAACUUCCAUGUGAUUGAACAGUCCAGCUACUUCCCGCGCCACAACGUCACGGCUAAAGUAAUAGUAACAGUGAAAGAGAUCCCCGAGGAGGCAGUGGAUAAGAGUGGAUCGAUCCGUUUCCAUAACGUUACGGCGGAGGAGUUCGUGUCGCGUACACCUGGCCAACUGACUACACCCAAAGAUCGACUGCAAACGAGCAUUGCGAACACUCUCAACGUGAGUCGCGAGAAUGUGGACGUGUUCACUGUUCUGAAGCGCGACAAUGCCAACGGUACAUUCUUGGAUGUACGGUUUUCAGCCCACGGUAGUCCUUAUUACGCACCUGAGCGACUCAACGGAAUGCUCGGCUAUCGACUCCGACAGCUCGAGGAGGAUGUGGGGCUGUCGGUGUUAAUGGUGGGAAUCGACGAGUGCAUCGAAGAGGGUCGCAACUGUGAACUAUCGUGCAAGAACACACUCUACAAAUCGAACGUCCCGAUCGCAGUUUACACAAACACCAGUUCAUUCGUGGGUGUGAAUGCCUUCGUACAGGCGGAGUGCGUAUGCGAGGUGGCUCCCCCUGCGCUUACAUGUCUUAAUGGAGGCUUCCUGGUAAACGAUCGGUGUUCCUGUCUCGAAGGCUUCGAAGGUCCUCAUUGCGAGAUGCUUAGCAUCGGAUUCUAUGGUAGUGGGUAUGCUCUUUAUCCACCGAUCAGUCCCUGUAACAUGACGCGAAUCAGUCUAGAGCUGUCACCACACCUGGAAGAUGGCUUGGUGAUGUACAUUGGACCGCUAAACUAUAAUCCUCGGUUGCCCGUGCAAGAUUUCUUGGCGUUAGAACUCGUCAAAGGACUUCCAGUAUUGCUGCUCGACUAUGGCAGCGGUACCAUCCGGAUCGAACAUCGCCAUCGGCUCCCACUGAACAAUCCAACUACUAUAGAGAUUAUGCUGCAAUCGCAGAUGAUUGAAAUGAUCGUAGACAACUGCAAUACGUCUACGUGCCUAAACUUCGAGGCACCUCGAGGACCAAACCGCUUCCUGAACGUAAACGCUCCUCUUCAGCUAGGAGGAGCAGCCGUCAAUUUGGACUACCUCGGAUCAUUGUUCAACUGGACGUACGUACCACAGGACAAAGGUUUCAGCGGCUGUCUGAGAAAGCUCAUCAUCAACGAGCGCACGUACGAUCUACAUAGUAUGUCGAAUGAGUCCAAAAAUAUGUAUGUGCUGUGUACACAACGUAACUUGUCAACCCCAUUACAAGAAGAUACUAUUUUGACUACUAAAAUAGCAGUAGUUCUAAUAGUGAUAGUGCUUUUCCUAGUGUUUAUCAUGUUGAUCGUGUAUAAAGAGGCUCAGAAUCGAAAUAAUUUGUAUCGCAUCUGCGCAAAUAAUAAGCAAAACAAGGAUAAUGAAAACAAAGAAAUGGAAUUGCAACAGUUUCAUAUCUAUGAAGACUUAUUGGAAACUUACAAUGAGAAUUAUGAGCAAGCCUCCGACAGUGAGGGCAACUGUAACCAUCAUGUUUAUGAAACGAUUGACGAGGAAGAUGGUCUCGAUGACCCAUCGCAGUAUGAUCGUCUAACAUCACCUCCUGUUAAUAGCCACCUGCGUCAAGCGUUAGUUGCCAGUAGCAACCCGGAGAUUACUGUUUGCAGUGUAGAAAAAUCACACCAUUACGACAACGUACCAUCAUCUAGUGAUGAUUUGCGUUGCUACGGUGACGGCAGAAACAUCUGUUCAGUAUCGAGCAGUUCGUUUGGACCCUCUGUUCGGCCGUGCAGUCGAAUACUGAUGAAGGUUGUUGGAAAGAAAAAUGAUCACGGUGUGAUCGUUGCGUCGUUGCAGCUGCGUGCCAUCGUCCUCACGCCGGUGACGAUGUGA